AUGCCGGAGUGGGAUCUCGUGUCAUGGAACGCGAUUCUCUCGGCGCUUGCGAACGUCGGGCAUCUCGUCAUGGCCGAGAAUUUGCUGUGGGCGAUGGAGGAGAGGGAUCUCAUCUCCUGGACCGCGAUUCUCACCGCGCACUGCAAGAAUGGGAAUCUCUCUCAGGCCGAGAAGAUCUUCCACAGCAGCAUGUCGGAGUGGAACCAGGUCUCCUGGAGCGCGAUGCUAUCGCUGUAUGCAAGAAUUGGGGAUCUCAACACCGCCAGGGCAAUGUUUGAUCGAAUGGAGGACCACGAUCUCGUCUCCUCCACUUCCAUGAUCUCCCUCUACGCGAAUCGAGGCGAGAUCAAGCUCGCCGAGGCAACAUUCCGAUCGAUGAAAUUCAAGAACUUCGCCUCUUGGAACGCGAUGCUGUCCGCCUACACCCAGAGCGACCGAGCAAAGGAAUUCUUCGAGCAAAUGCCAGAGAGAAGCUUGAUCUCCUGGACUCUGAUGAUUUCUUCCUCCUCCCAGGCAGGAUGGAUCGACGACGCUAGAUAUUACUUUGAUCUUAUGCCGGAGCGAGACGCCAUCGCCCAAAACACAAUGCUGGCGGCAUAUGCCUCACAAGGGCAUCUUGACGAGGCCAAGAACACCUUCCACGCAAUGCCACGUAAGACCACAGGCUCAUGGAACGCUCUAUUAUCGGCAUUUACACGCGUCGGACAGCUGGACGAGACCAAGCAGCUCUUUGAUCGAAUCGAGGAGAGAAGCACCGUGACGUGGAACGCCAUGCUAGCAGCAUAUGCCCAGACCGGGCAUUCCACGCUGGCGCUUGAGCUCUUCCACGUCAUGGCCACGACCGAGCUCCCGGAUGAAGUCACGUUUGCCUGCGUCCUCCUAGCGUGCGGCAACGUGGGAAACGUUUGUCCAGGCUGGCACUACGCCACCUCAAUGACGCGUGACUUUGGCGUGGAGCUAAAGAAGCAACACUAUAGCCUCAUGGUUGAUGUUCUUCGUCGUGGCGGCCAUAUCGACGAGUCCCAAGCUCUCACCGAAAGCAUGCCAUUCCUCCCAGAUUCUUGGGACUGGACCUGUUUGCUGGGAGCUUCCAAAGCACACCAAAAUCUCAAAGUCAGUGGUCGGGCAACAAAAUUCGUACUUGAUUUGGAGCCGGCAAGCGCAGCGGCCUAUGUGCUACUAACAAAUGCAAUCGCAGAGAGCUAA